AUGAGUAGCAUCAACCUCGAAGAAAUAAGAAACGAAAAUGUUAAUUUGGAACGGAUUCCGAUCGAACAAGUGUUUGAGCAGCUGAAAUGCUCGAGAGAAGGUCUUUCAUCAGAGGAAGGAUCCAACAGGCUUGAAGCCUUUGGACCAAACAAGCUGGAAGAGGUGGAAGAUAACAAGCUUUUGAAGUUUCUGGGAUUUAUGUGGAACCCUUUGUCAUGGGUUAUGGAAGCUGCUGCUAUCAUGGCCAUUGCUUUGGCUAAUGGAGGUGGAAAGCCUCCAGAUUGGCAAGAUUUUGUUGGAAUCGUUGUUCUCUUGGUCAUCAACUCAACUAUCAGUUUCAUCGAAGAAAACAAUGCCGGUAACGCGGCCGCCGCUCUUAUGGCUGGUUUAGCUCCCAAGGCCAAGGUACUAAGAGAUGGAAAAUGGAGUGAACAAGAUGCUGCAAUUCUAGUACCAGGAGAUAUAAUCAGCAUCAAGUUAGGAGACAUCAUUCCGGCCGAUGCGCGUCUUCUCGAGGGAGAUCCUUUAAGUGUUGAUCAAUCUGCUUUAACAGGAGAAUCUCUUCCUGUCACAAAGGGUGCAACUCAAGAAGUGUUUUCAGGAUCGACCGUUAAGAAGGGUGAGAUCGAAGCGAUUGUGUAUGCAACUGGUGUACACACGUUUUUCGGUAAAGCGGCUCAUUUGGUUGAUAGUACUAACCAGGUCGGGCAUUUUCAGCAAGUGCUUACCGCUAUCGGAAAUUUCUGCAUUUGUUCAAUUGCUGUUGGAAUAGUCGUUGAACUCAUUGUGAUGUAUCCGAUUCAGCAUCGCAAGUAUAGAGACGGAAUUGAUAAUCUUUUGGUGCUUUUGAUCGGAGGAAUCCCAAUUGCGAUGCCAACUGUUUUGUCUGUUACUAUGGCUAUUGGUUCUCACAAGCUUUCACAGCAAGGUGCAAUUACAAAGAGAAUGACUGCUAUUGAAGAAAUGGCAGGAAUGGAUGUUCUUUGCAGUGAUAAAACUGGAACUCUCACUUUGAAUAAACUUAGUGUUGAUAGAAACUUGAUUGAAGUGUUUUCUAGGGGAAUGGAUAAGGAUUUGGUGAUACUCUUAGCAGCAAGAGCUUCUAGGAUAGAAAAUCAGGAUGCUAUAGAUACUGCUAUUGUUGGAAUGCUGUCUGAUCCACAAGAGGCUAGAGCUGGUAUCAAUGAGGUACAUUUUCUGCCAUUCAAUCCCGUUGAUAAGAGGACUGCCCUUACCUAUGUUGAUACCGAAGGAAAUUGGCAUAGAGCAAGCAAAGGGGCUCCUGAGCAGAUAUUGGAUCUUUGCAACUGCAAAGAAAACGUGAGGCGAAGCGUUCAUGCAAUGAUAGACAAGUUUGCCGAGCGUGGACUUCGAUCAUUAGGUGUUGCUUAUCAGGAAGUACCUGAAAAAACAAAAGAGAGUCCUGGUGCACCAUGGCAAUUUGUUGGUUUGUUGCCACUAUUUGAUCCUCCUAGACAUGAUAGUGCUGACACAAUUCGACAGGCUCUUAAUCUUGGCGUGAAUGUUAAGAUGAUCACAGGGGACCAGCUUGCUAUUGGAAAGGAAACUGGUAGAAGGCUUGGAAUGGGAACAAACAUGUAUCCAUCAUCUGCAUUGCUUGGUCAUGACAAAGAUGCUUCUACUUCGGAUAUUCCUAUUGACGAGUUGAUUGAAAAGGCCGAUGGAUUUGCAGGAGUGUUUCCAGAACACAAAUAUGAAAUCGUCAAGAGGCUGCAAGAUAGAAAGCAUAUAUGCGGAAUGACAGGAGAUGGCGUAAACGAUGCUCCUGCAUUAAAGAGAGCCGAUAUCGGAAUUGCGGUGGCUGACGCUACCGAUGCCGCUAGAAGUGCUUCUGAUAUUGUCCUUACUGAACCUGGUUUGAGUGUCAUUAUCAGUGCUGUGCUCACCAGCAGGGCCAUUUUCCAGAGAAUGAAAAAUUAUACUAUUUAUGCUGUGUCAAUCACCAUCCGUAUUGUGUUCGGUUUCAUGUUGAUUGCUUUGAUUUGGAAAUUUGAUUUUGCACCUUUCAUGGUUUUGAUCAUUGCAAUACUGAAUGAUGGUACCAUCAUGACAAUUUCAAAAGAUAGAGUGAAACCAUCUCCACUGCCUGACAGUUGGAAACUAAAGGAAAUAUUUGCAACUGGUAUUGUUCUCGGCAGUUACAUGGCACUAACAACUGUCAUAUUUUUUUGGGCCAUGCAUGAUACCGACUUUUUCUCGGACAAGUUUGGUGUGAGGCCUUUGAGACAUAGUCCUAAUGAAAUGAUGGCAGCUCUAUAUCUACAAGUUAGUAUAAUAAGUCAGGCCUUAAUUUUCGUAACUAGGUCUCGAAGAUGGUCUUUCGUCGAACGACCCGGUUUUCUCCUUGUAGGCGCUUUCUUCAUUGCUCAACUGAUUGCAACUCUAAUAGCAGUGUAUGCUGGUUGGAAAUUUGCAAGAAUAAAUGGAAUGGGAUGGGGUUGGGCCGGCGUAAUUUGGUUGUACAGUUUGAUAACCUAUAUUCCUCUUGAUUUACUCAAGUUCGCAAUCCGAUAUAUUCUUAGUGGAAAGGCGUGGAAUAGUGUUUUUGAAAACAGGAUCGCUUUCACUUCAAAGAAAGACUAUGGCAGAGAAGGAAGGGAAGCACAAUGGGCAUCAGCAAAUAGAUCAGUUCAGGGUCUUCAGCCUGCUGUCUCCAAACUUUUCAAUGAAAAUAGUAGCUAUAGAGAGCUUUCAGAGAUAGCGGAACAAGCCAGGAAACGCGCUGAAGUUGCCAGGCUUAUGGAGCAGAAUACUCUGAAGGGACGCGUUGAGUCGGUAGCAAAGCUUAAGGGACUUGACAUUGGUACAUCUAAGCAGGGUUAUAGCAUUUAA